AUGCUUCCUUCGCUGUCGCUAACUUCGCUGGCCGUAGCCCUUCUCGCGCUUCCCUUCGUAUCCGCCCAGAAUAAUGUGACGUCCAUCACGGGUACUUGGUCAUCCAAAUCAAAUGCAGUCUUCACUGGACCGGCAAGUAACCGCCUUUCACCAUUAUUAUCAAGUUAUCCCCUUGAGUGUCCGACGCGGGGCGCCUACCUUGAGCGACGCUGACCGAGGAGGAGGGGGGAUAGAGCUUUUACGACCCUGCAAGCGAGAAAUUUUUUGAGCCCGCGCUCACGGGUACAUCCUAUUCGUUCACGGAUGAUGGAUUCUAUGAAACAGCGGUUUAUCUUGCCGUCGCCAAUCGUGGGUUUCCCCCCAAGAUACCAGGGGUUACCUUUCGUUUAGCCCUUCUUCCGGUACGCUGACAAGUCCCGGAUGGCCAGCUACGAACCCUUCAUGCACGAAAGGGGUGUUGCAGUGGCAGCACGGCAGAUAUCUAAUUGCGGAGAAUGGCUCGAUGGUGCUACAUCCGGUCGUGGUGGAUGGUAGGCAGUUGUAUUCGGAUCCGUGCAAGCAUUCCACCUCGAUUUACACAAGGUUCAACAAGACGGAAGUCUUCAAGGUAGGCGUAGUUUACCUCUUAUCCUUUCGGGACAGAACCCCUAACAGGACCGGUCUUCCAGAGGUGGGAGGUUCUCGUCGACGAAUACCGUGGAAUGAGCCGACUUAAUCUUUAUAAAUUUGACGGGGCCCCGAUGAAUCCGAUGUAUGGCCAUCCCCUUUGCCCUGAAAUCCAACAUCUAACCAGCUCUAACAUAGGUACCUUGCAUACCGCCCCCCACAAAUGCUCCCCACGCAGACCCUCAAUCCUGCCACUGGCGCUCCAAAGGCUACUGGAGCUUCAAAGUUGAAGGUUAAGCGUGCCCUACCCAGUAAUCUUAAGAAAGCCGAAAACAUCAAUGCCGAUAGGUGGUGGUGGAUUGGAUUGGGCAUGACUAGUGUUGGUUUUUUCGGGUUCUUCUUGGAAUACCGGUAGAAGGUGUGUUCCAUUCUUUGUUUUUUUGUUUGGGGUAGGGGGCGGGUACAGUACAGGGUAUGGUUCCGGUCAACCAAAACCUGCCCCCGCCACCUGGGCCCAAAAUUUCUAAAUCGCCAAUAGCCUCUCCUUCAGAAGGUAUACUGCAGAUUCCUCCAGCAAAGUUGUUUAAAGAAUGAAUUAGAGCUGGUAUAUGGUUUUGGUUUUCACCUGAGGUCAUGCAGGAGGUUGUUGUAGUGGUUUGAGUCAAGGAUGGGGUUGUUGCACAGCCUUAUCAAAUAUGGUAGCCUUUCCUCUGACAUGAUACCAAUCUUUAAUUUUAAAUGCAUUGAUGAGGUAAAAAUGAGAUGGCAAUUAUUAGAUGUUUUUAAGAGGAGUUAUUUGCAAAAUUACCAGAGGAAUUAUUGCC